AUGAUAAAGACUUGGGUUGUAUUUCUUUCAGAGUGUCGUGAGCGAACUUGUUCACGGGGCUGUCCAGGCGAGUAUGAAGUGGACAGCAAUGGAUGCCAGUCCUGCCUCUGCAAAGGCUGCUCGGGACUUCAGUGUCGUAAGAGGUGCUUCCUUGGUUUCACGACCGACUCGAACGGUUGUGAGUCCUUCUGCACUUGCAACUCUCCAAGCACUGCGUGCAAGAACAUCUGGUGUAAAGCUCCUAGAUUAUGCAAUCCUAAGAGCGGAAGAUGUGGUUAG